ACCGCAGAUACUAGGACUACAGCCCACACAGUGCCGGGGGACGCUCGGCUCAGCUAGGACAUGGGAGCCCCCUCCCCAGGAGCCAGGAGCACCACCCCCAUGGCCACCCAGACCUCAGAACUGGUCGGGGGACAGAAAGACUGACUGCGGCUCCCUCCCGUGGGCCUGGGGAGGCGGCGAGGUCUGGGAAGCUGUGUCCAGACAUGGCGGGGACGGUGUGAACGGCAGGGUGACUGGGCAGAGCCCUGGUGAGCACCGAGGAGCCUCCCAAGCCCAGCUCACCUGGACUGCAGCCCAGAGGCAGGCACAGAGGUUUGAGCUGGCAUUGAGGAAUGCCCUUCGGUACUUCCCCCCGGACACCCAGGAGCUGCUGGCCCCCGAGUUCGCCCAGGAGCUGCGACUGUAUGGGCACAUCUACAUGUACCGCUUCUGCCCCGACAUUGAAAUGAAGGCCUACCCCGUGGAGCGGUACCCCUGCCGCACGAGAGUGGCUGCAACCAUCAUGCACAUGAUCAUGAACAACCUGGACCCUGCCGUGGCCCAGUUUCCCCAGGAGCUCGUGACCUACGGAGGAAACGGGCAGGUGUUCGGCAACUGGGCUCAGUUCUGGCUGACGAUGUCCUACUUGUCCCAGAUGACAGAGGAGCAGACGCUGGUCAUGUAUAGCGGACACCCCCUGGGCCUCUUCCCCAGCAGCCCUGGGGCCCCAAGGCUGGUCAUCACCAACGGGAUGGUCAUUCCCAACUACUCCUCCAGGAUGGAGUACGAGAAGCUCUUUGCCAUGGGGGUUACAAUGUAUGGCCAGAUGACGGCGGGCAGUUACUGCUACAUUGGUCCCCAAGGCAUCGUCCACGGCACGGUGCUCACCGUGCUGAACGCCGGGCGGCGGUACCUGGGCGUCCAGGACCUGGCCGGGAAGGUCUUCGUCACCUCCGGGCUCGGCGGGAUGAGUGGGGCUCAGGCCAAAGCCGCCGUCAUCGUGGGGUGCGUCGGCGUGAUUGCAGAGGUGGAUGGAGCGGCCCUCAUGAAACGCCACAAGCAAGGCUGGCUGAUGGAAGUGACCGACAGCUUGGACCGCUGCAUUGAAAGACUCAGGGAAGCGAGGAAGAGGAAGGAGGCCCUCAGCCUUGGUUACCAUGGCAACGUGGUGGAUCUUUGGGAGCGCCUGGUCCGUGAACUGGACACGACGGGGGAGCUCUUGGUGGACCUGGGGUCAGACCAGACGUCCUGCCACAACCCGUUCAACGGUGGCUACUACCCCGUGCAGCUGGGCUUCGCGGAGGCCCAGAGCCUCAUGGCCUCCGACCCUGCCGCCUUCAGAGCCCUGGUCCAGGAAAGCCUGAGGAGGCAGGUCUCGGCCAUCAACAGGCUGGCCCAGGAGAACUUCUUCUUUUGGGACUACGGCAACGCCUUCCUCCUGGAGGCCCAGAGAGCAGGGGCCGACGUGGGGAAGACGGGCGCCAACAGGACGGAGUUCCGCUACCCCUCGUACGUCCAGCACAUCAUGGGGGACAUCUUCUCCCAGGGAUUUGGGCCCUUCCGCUGGGUGUGCACAUCCGGGGACCCGCAGGACCUGGUGGUCACGGAUGAGCUGGCCACGUCAGUGCUGGAGGAGGCCAUUGCUGGCGGAGUGAAUCCGGCUGUGGAACAGCAGUACGUAGACAACAUCCGCUGGAUCCGGGAGGCCUCCCGGCACCGGCUGGUGGUGGGCUCCCAGGCCAGGAUCCUGUACUCGGACCAGAAAGGCCGUGUGGCCCUCGCCAUGGCCUUCAACCAAGCCAUCGCCCGUGGGAAGAUCAAGGCACCGGUGGUCCUGAGCCGAGACCACCAUGACGUAAGCGGCACAGACAGCCCGUUUAGGGAGACCUCCAACAUUUGUGACGGCUCUGCCUUCUGUGCAGACAUGGCCGUGCAGAACUUCGUGGGAGGUGCAUUCCGGGGAGCCACCUGGGUUGCCCUGCACAACGGCGGGGGUGUCGGCUGGGGCGAGGUGAUCAACGGGGGAUUCGGCCUUGUGCUGGACGGGACCCAGGAGGCUGAGCAAAAGGCCAAGAUGGUGCUCAGCUGGGACGUGUCCAAUGGAGUGGCCCGCCGCUGCUGGGCCGGGAACCCGAAGGCCUACGAGAUCAUCUGCCAGACGAUGCAGGAGGACGGGGGCUUGGUGGUGACGCUGCCCCAUGAGGCGGCGGACGAGCGUGUGCUCCAGCGGGCCCUGCGGCUGUGAGCGGGACCCGGAGCCGUGUGGCCCCCUCACCACCUCGGUCCCGCCCUCACCUCACAGCCACCUGGCUCCCGCCGCUGCCCACCCCCCCCCCCCACCGUGCUCUCCUGGGUCAGGAGCUGUGCGCACGCCCUCUUGGGCCUCACCACCCGGAGGGAGUGUCGCUGCGUCCCCAGUUUACAGCUGAGGCCAGAGGGGCGGGGACCUUUGCUGUCACCACGCGGCUCCCUGGGGACCGGGAAGGCAGUGGGGGUCUUCUUCAGGGCUGGGUGCUCAGGCCUGGCGCGGAGUGGCUCCGGGGGCUGGUGCCGUGAACACUGGCCAAGCGGGGCACCGACCGGUCCUUGGAGCCGCCUGCUGUCCCUCCUCCCGCCGAGGGGCAGGGCUCCUUGGGCCAGGCUCUCGCCCAUCGCCCCGCCUUUCCCCGACCGACCGACUGGUGUGGGGCCGCCAGGGGACCAGGCAGAGACGGCCUCGCCCGGGCCGGCGACCUCGCUGCACAGAGAGGCCAGCUUUGACCAUGUCCUUAUUCUCCUUGGUCCCCACGACAGGCUCAAAUUGAGAAAGAGAUUGGGGGCCGGUCUCCAAGGAGCCGCAGAAAACUUGACACCCUCCCCCCACAUCUAGCCGGGGGGCCGAGUCCUCCCCACGGGCCAUUCCACCUUUGCCUGAGCUAACAAAACCCCACUGUUGUCUGGGCAGCAAUGUGCACGUAAAAAGUAGCGAUUUUCCAGCCUUCCCUGUAAUUAGGAGUGACCAUUGGCCUGCUUCCGGCCCAUGAGACGACGGGGAAGUCAGCUGGGUGGGUCUUCCGGGAAAGCUGUAAUAAAAAUGGACAGGUGCGGCUGCCUUGCUCUUUGCCUUUGCCCCUUCCUCCUGCCAGGACCUCAGGUGUGGUGCCUGGGAGCACAGCAGCCCUGCUGUGACGUGACCGUGAGGACCGCCGCGGCACUUGGAGGCAUGGGGAAAGGCAGAGCUGCCUGGGCUCCUGGGCAGUGCCGGGAGCUGCUGUACCAGGCCCGGAUGACCUCCCCUUCUCCUUGGUCCUCACCUGCUAAAGCCGUCCUGGGAGGGCUUCUCUUCCACACGGCGAGCACGGGGUCCAAAUGAUCGUAUCGCCGUCAACAGGUCUCCACGGAGGGCACCCUGCUGCGUGUAUCUGCGCGAACAUUCCCUGUUCCUAGGGAGAAACAAAGAGGAUAUGGCCAGUUUGAAGACCAGGCCCUCCCGUCAUCCUUUCCCAUCCAGCGCCCUCGCUUAUUCAGGACGGCCAGGGCUCGGCCAGCCUCAGGGCAGGGUCUCAGGAGGCUUCGGGCCACGUGUGAGGGCUCCAGGCCCUCCCUAGGCGCCCUACUGAGGCCGCCGGUUAGCAGGCUCUUCCCCUGCCUCAGCCGCCAGCAGGGAGAAGGGACAGCUGACACCCAGAGUGGGGCCACCACCGGCCCGGGGGGAGUCAGGGCAGUGCCCGCAGCCUCGGUAGCCAUGGAGGUGCCAAGUAGAGAGUGUCACUCGCCAGCCGGCUCUGCAGGGAUCGAGUCACCAGCCACUGCAGCCGCUGACUUGCAGCACACCCGGAAAGUUCAGGGCGAAGAUCAGGGUGAGACUCUCUGUGCUCUGGGAAAACUGGCAGAGCAGGCCCUCAGAGAGGUAUUUUCUGGAGCAGUUGUUUAUGAACCUGGAUUCUCACCUCUUCCCACACUUAGAAAAGCGCUAAAACCAUUAACUUAGAUAUUUGCUCCUUCCCACCAGCAGCAACCUUCUGCCAGCCUUCUUUAAGAAAGGAGAGAUGUGUAGUCCACUCAGAAAUGUUUUCAUCAGAACGAUGAAGGUAGAAAACAGUUGGCCCUGAUGGGCGUGAGCUCGGCUGCCUUCGAAACUGGGCCUUGUGAAAGUCUCCGGGCCCCUCCCGGGGCCCCCUCUGCUCCCUGGGAACCUGGACCCGCCCGGGAACAGAGGCUUUCCCUGCCGACCAGCGCAGGCCGGUGCAGGAGGGCUCAGCUCUCUCGCCCUGGGCUUUUCAGAGGGGGCUCCUACCCUGGGGGCUGGCACUGGACGUGACCUUCAGUUGCGUUCUAUUUGGCCUGCCCUCUGUAAAAAUUUUUUGACAUCGUCACCGAUUUUUAGAAAUUGGGAAAUUUCACUUAAAAAAUCCAGAUUUUGAACUACUUAAAGAACUCAAGAGAUUAGGUGACGCCACGCGCUCGCCACCGCUGUGGCAGCAAUUAGCCAGAGGCCCCUUGGGCCUGGGCUUGUUUCACCCAAGUUACCGCAGCCCUGCAGCCUCUGCUGUCCUCCGGUGGCGAGGCCAAGUGUGUUUGUUGUUUAUUCUUGGACAGGAGCUGCUGAUUUCUUACCCCUGCCUGUUUCCCACGUUUGUGUCACCUGCAUGGCCUCUGUUGGGAUUUGAAUCUGUGUGUGUAUUAGGGCUCUCUAGAGAACCGGCAGGAGGUAUACCCGUACCUAUAUCCAUAUGUGCUAUAGAUAGAUGUCCAUAUAUAGAGGUAGAUGCCGUGUAUGUCAUGUGAGCCGGAGGCCCAGGGAAGCCGGGGGGCGCAGUUCAGCCCCAGCGCCAGGGCCAGGGAGCCCGGGGCGCCCAUGGUGUGAGUCCCAGCCCAAGGGCAGGCGAUGAGAGGAGGGGUCCCAGCACAAGAGGGAGGCAGGAAAAGGCAAACUCCUCCUCCUCCUCCCUUCUGUUGUGUUUGGGCCUCGACUGCUUGCAUGAUACCUAUCGCUCUCUCUGGGGAGCCCACCCGCUCACAUCCUAAUGUCACCCGGAAACACCCUCACAGACACGCCCAGAAGCAAGGUCUAAAAUGGCCCGAUCCGCACGACAUGUAAAAUUUACCGUCUCGGCGAUCUUUGAUGGAGAAGUUUCCUUUAACUCUGUGGUAUGAUGAUUUACAGUAAGAAAUAUGUGUUUGGUCUUCAGCCCCGUUUCUGGCCCAGAGCUCCUAAAACCCGUGGAAUUUCCUAAGCGAUAAGAGAGAUGAAGUGUUUUGCUAUUCGUAAAGAGCCCCUUUCUGCCACACCUGAAUUUAUGUUUCCGAGUUUGGGGCCUCCCCUGAGAUGGGGCUGGUCGCCCGGGGACCCACCCUUGUGACUGGAGAGUUGAACUUUCAGUUUCCCACCCCCGACAGGGAGGGGAGAGGGGCUGGAGGUUGAAUCAAUCACUGAUGGCCGAUGAUUUAAUCAGUCUCACCUGUGUAAGGAAGGCUCCAGGAAAAAACAAAGGGAAGGGGAUGGGGAGAGCUUCUGGGCUGGUGAAGCCCUGCAGAUCCGGGGUGAACGGCGCACUCGCGGUGGGAGCCCGAGUCCUUCACCAGGCGUGGCCCUCUGCGCCUCUUCCAUCGGGCCGUUCUUAUGUCACUGCAUGAUAAACCAGUGAUUUAAGUAAAAUGUUUCUCUGA